CAGAAAGCAACAUAGCAAAGAACAAGGCUGAACUUAGAAGUGAGGAACCAAGUUUCUUCUGUUACUUUCAUGAAGAUGAGUUCGAUUAGUUUGGUGGACCCUUCCCCCAACACAAUCUACUACAAUGAGGAUUAUAACUACAGCGAUAUUGACAUCACUCCCUACCUUUUCUGUGGAAAGGAAGAAGUCAAAGCAUUUGGGAAGAUUUUCCUCCCUGUGCUGUACAUUACAGUGUUUGUUUUUGGAAUGUUAGGCAAUAGCUUCCUCGUCCUCAUGAUUGUCAGGUAUCUUAAAUUGAAAACGAUGACUGACAUCUACCUACUGAAUUUGGCCAUUUCUGACCUUUUAUUUGUUGUAUCCCUUCCCUUUUGGGCCACUUAUGUGAUCUCAGAGUGGAUCUUUGGAAAUGCCAUGUGUAAAAUAAUAAGUGCAGUCUACACCAUUAAUUUCUACAGUGGUAUCUUCUUCAUUGCUUGCAUGAGUAUGGACAUGUAUCUGCAAAUUGUCCACACAGUCUCUAUGAAGAACUAUAGGACAAUCUUCAAAAGCAUCAUCAUCAGUGCCGCUGUCUGGACCCUAGCGAUGUUGGUUACAAUCCCUGAAUUCAUCUUCAGCCAGUCCAGGAAAGUUGGUGAUAGAUACACCUGCCUCAGUAACUAUGGUAGUGAUCAACUAGUGUUCUGGAAGACUACAAUCCAACUCCAGAUCAACAUCAUUGCAUUUAUCAUUCCAUUUUUUGCCAUGAUUUUCUUUUAUACCCGGAUUGCAUCUGUCCUCCUCAAAUCCAGAUCCUUUGGCAAGGACAAAGCCUUAAAACUGGUCAUAAUGUUAGUUGCUGUUUUCUUUGUUUUGUGGUUCCCUUACAACAUUGUCCUUUUCUUGCAUUCCCUGGAGGAUCUGGGUGUGAUUGGCGGCUGUGAGAUGAGCAAAAGGCUGGAUUAUGCGUUGCAAGUGACAGAGUCCAUUGCUUUCACCCACUGCUGCUUCAAUCCACUUCUCUAUGCUUUUGUGAAUGAGAGAUUUAGAAGACACCUGAAGAAUAUUCUAAUGAAGAUAGUCAAGAAGACUGGCUGUUACAAGGAUCUGGGGAUCAUUGUCGCCACUGCACCAGAGCAAAGUGAACUCAGCAAGCAGCAAAACUGUGUGUGUUCUGAUGUGGAAAUGACUAUGGUAUAGGAAUGAUGUGGAGACACAAUGCUGAGAAGUCAAUUUUCCUAUUCUACAAAUAUUAUUGAAUUGAAUCUUCACCAUCCAAAGAUACUUUAACAUGCCAUUGUGUACAGGGCGCUUGUGAACUAACCACCCCAAACACCUUCUGAAGCAUAAUAUCUUGCAGCAAAUCAAAGGACAUCUUCCAGAGGUUUUGCCAAACAUCCAUCUCUGAAACAACAACAUCAUUCAGGAUGAUGUUGCACACAUAUUUGAUACGUGUCCUCCACUCUCCUCACUUUAUUCUUUCCCACUCUGGUUUUUCUCACAUGACCCCUAUUGAACCAUUAGAGAAGGUUACUGGAGAAAGCAGGAGAAUGGAGAUAAAAGGGAUAAUAAGUAAGCAUGAUGAAAUGAUAACACAGACUCAAUUGGCCGAAUGGCCUAAUUCUGCUCCAAUAAUUUAAAGUCUUAUGAACCAUUGAAUCAUUAAAUUCUUAUGGCACAGAAGGAGAUCAAUCAGCCCAGUGGGUCUACAUUGACACCUAGUAGACUGAUCCCAGCAUUUUAUUCAUGCCUAUUUUCCCCAUAGUCCAGCAAACUGCUCUUCCUCACAUGCCUAUUUGAUUUUCUCUUGAUUGUUUGGAUUGACUGUUUACACCACUCCUGGGGCAGAGAGUUCCAGAUCAUGACUACUUGCAUACUGAAGAAGCCUUGUCUCCUGAUCCUGAGUUAACUUUUGUUUCAUCCCAUUUUCCCUCUUUCAAUUGGAUUUGAUGGACAGACUGCAAGAAUAGGGAAGAGGAUCAUAGGAAAAAAUAACAAGAGGACUGGUCAGAUAUAAUGGGAAAUCAUGUUUGAUAAAUCUGUGGGGAGUUUUGAGUGGUAAUUAGCAGAAUAGAUAAAGGGGAACCAACGUAUGUGGUGUAUUAUGACUUUACAGAAGAUCCUCAAUAUGUCACAUGAUAUUAUUAAACAGAGUACAUGACACUGGCAGUAAUAUACUCACGUGGCCUGAGGAUUAAAUUACAAAAGUAAAACAGAGUUGAAACAAGUCAGUCAUUUUCAACUCAAGAUGAUAUGAUCAAUAGGGUGCUACAAGGAUCAGAGCAGGGAUUGAUUUAUAUCAAUGAUUUGGAAACAGAGGACCAAGUGUAAUAUAUCCAAUUUCUAAGAUGAUACAAGACUAUAGGGCAAUGCAGAAAUAUGAGAAGUAUGCAAGGAGCCUUCAAGGGGAAAUAGACAGGUUAACAGAAUGGGCAAAAGAUGGCAGAUGGAAUGAAAUGUAGAAAAAGAUAUGAGGCUAACCACUUUGAUAGAGAAAGACUCAAAGGUGAAGUUUCUGGAGGGAUAUCUGGUAUUGAAGAAGCAGGGAGUUUGCAGGAAUUCUUGGCCAGACUGGGAGAAUGGGCAAAGUGGCAGAUGGAAUAUAAUGCAGAGAAGUGUAUGGUCAUGCACUUUGGUAUAAAGGCAUAAAUUGUUUUCUAAACAGAGAAAAUUCAAAGAUCAGAGGUGCAAAGGAAUUUGGGAGUCCUUGUGCAGGACUCCCUAAAGUUAACUUACAGGGUGACUUGGUCAUAAGGAUGACAAAUGUGAUGCUAGCAUUCAUUUUGAGAGGACUAGAAUAUUAGAGCAAGAAUGUUUGAGCUGAGGCUUUAUAAGACAUUGGUCAGAAUGCGCUCUGAGUACUGUUAGCAGUUUUGGGCCCCUUAUCUAAGAAAAGAUAUUGGAGAGGGUCUAGAGGAGGUUCACGAAAAUGAUUCAGUGAAUGAAAAGGUUAAUGUAUGAAGUGCAUUUGAUGGCUCUGGGCCUGUACUUGCUGGAGUUUAGAAGAAUAAGGUGGGGAGAUAUCAUUGGAAUCUAUCAAAUAUUUAAAGGCCUAGAUAGAGUGGAUGUAGCAAGGAUGUUUCCUAUAGUGGGUGAGUCUAGGAUCAGAGGCCGCAGCCUCAGAAUAGAGGGACACCCUUUUAAAAUAGAAAUGAGGAGGAAUUUCUUUAGCCAGAAGGUGGUGAAUCUGGAAUUCAUUGCCACAAACAGCUGUCAGGUCAAGUCAUUGGCUAUAUUUAAACCAGAGAUUGAUAGGUUCUUGGUUAGUCAGGGGAGGUCAAAGGUUACAGGGAGAAGGCAGGAGAAUGGGGUUGAGGGGGAUGGAAUGGUGGAGAAAACAAUGGGCCAAAUGGCCUGAAUCUGUUCUUAUGUCUUAUGGUCUAAAAGUUUCUGGCGACAGAAAUCCUGGGUACCCAAAUUUAAUGCUGUGAGUGCUGACUCUCAAUUAAACAAAUAUCCCAGCUAUUGAUUGAUCAACUGUGACUAUGCCUGAUAUGCUAAGUGACAAAAUCACUCUAGUUUGCAAGCUUUCUUGAACUCAGUCACAAUGGUGCAUAAAGCUUAGUAACCUCAGGAAAAUCAGAUUACAGACACAGAAAAUGAAAUAAUUUUGUACCUUUCAGAAAGAAUCCUUCUUCAAUGCUAUAUGGUUUUUGUCCUUCCUAGACUGUUCAGUUGAUAUCAUUAGUUUUAUAAACAAUAGACAAUAGGUGCAGAAGUAGACCAUUCAGCCUUUCGAGCCUGCACUGCCAUUCUGAGAUCAUGGCUGAUCAUCUACUAUCAAUACCCGGUUCUUGCCUUGUCCCCAUUUCCCUUGAUUCCCCUAUCCAGAAGAUACCUAUCUAGCUCCUUCUUGAAAGCAUCCAGAGAAUUGGCCUCCACUGCCUUCCGAGGCAGUGCAUUCCACACCUCCACAACUCUCUGGGAGAAGAAGUUUUUCCUUCACUCUGUCCUAAAUGACCUACCCCUUAUUCUCAAACCAUGCCCUCUGGUACUGGACGCUCCCAGCAUCUGGAACAUAUUUCCUGCCUCUAUCUUGUCCAAUCCCUUAAUAAUCUUAUAUGUUGCAAUCAGAUCCCCUCUCAAUCUCCUUAAUUCCAGCGUGUACAAGCCCAGUCUCUCUAACCUCUCUGCAUAAGACAGUCCUGACAUCCCAGGAAUUAACCUUGUGAAUCUACGCUGCACUUCCUCUACAGCCAGGAUGUCCUUCCUUAACCCUGGAGACCAAAACUAAACACAAUACUCCAGCUGUGAUCUCACCAGGGCCCUGUACAAAUGCAAGAGGAUUUCCUUGCUCUUUUACUCAAUUCCCUUUGUAAUAAAGGCCAACAUUUCAUUAGCCUUCUUCACUGCCUGCUGCACUUGCUCAUUCACCUUCAGUGACUGAUGAACAAGGACUCCUAGAUCUCUUUGUAUUUCUCCCUUUCCUAACUCUACACCAUUCAGAUAAUAAUCUGCCUUCCUGUUCUUACUCCCAAAGUGGAUAACCUCACACUUAUUCACAUUAAACAUCAUCUGCCAAGUAUCUGCCCACUCACCCAGCCUAUCCAAGUCACCCUGAAUUCUCCUAACAUCCUCAUCACGUCACAAUGCCUCCCAGCUUAGUAUCAUCGGCAAACUUGCUGAUGUUAUUCUCAAUGCCUUCAUCUAAAUCGUUGACGUAAAUCGUAAACAGCUGUGGUCCCAAUACCGAGCCCUGUGGCACCCCACUAGUCACCACCUGCCAUUCCAAGAAACACCCAUUCACCACUACCCUUUGCUUUCUAUCUGCCAACCAGUUUUCUAUCCAUGUCAAUGUCUUCCCCCCAAUGCCAUGAGCUUUGAUUUUAUCCACCAAUCUCCUAUGUGGGACCUUAUCAAAUGAGUUUUAAUACUCAUUUUCCAUAGCUGCAGAAAUGCAGUGAACAAUUAUUAGCAACAAGAAAAUAUCCAAAAGCUGACAAAUGGUUUUAUUUAGAAUGGGCAGCAUCUAUUGUUGAAUCCUAAUUUUUCUUAAUGUCUUGGUGCACCUCCUUUACCAUCUACUGGUUUCCUUGCCUGUCAUGACUGCGCAGCUUGAUCAGAAGGUAAUUAAGAGUCAACCAAAUACCAUGCAGAUCUUUCCCCAGAGGAAAGUAGUUGUAUUUUCUUUUGCAGCAAUCCACUAGCUUCAUUGUCACCAUUGCUGAUACCAGUUCUCUAACAAAUUCAAUUUUUAUUUAGCCUUGAAUUUAAAUUAGAUCAAACUGGGGCUAGAACUUGACCCUUCGGAGCAAUAGUUCAGACUUUUAGAUAAACAGCUGUACAUCAUAAGUACUAUGCUAUACACAGCACCUACGUUUUCUUGAACUCUGUGUGUCAGGUGCAUUUUAAAUAUAUAGCAUGAAAUAUCUAUGCAGGCAUGGGUGAAUAUGCUUUUAUAUAGUCUAUAAGUAUACUUCUCUCAGAUCUCAAUAAAUAUUUGAAUAUAUACAUCCAGUAAGAUUGUUAGU